AUCAAAACCCAAAAAUACUUGUUUUUGUUUCUGUUUCAUCAACUUCUCUUCUCUUGUUUAUAUCUUACAGGUUGCUUCAACUUUCACUCUUUGACUCGGACUUAAUCUAUAUUUUCUUUCUUUUAAGUCUUUUGACAUUGAUAUAUUGAAAAUCUUUGGACUAGUUUUGGCUUUUAAUACAAGACCAACCUAGUUCAUAUAGGUUCUGCUUUCAAAGUCCAUCAACUAAACGAACGGACAUGUUGUUUUGAUUAAAAAUGCUAAUUUCUUUUUGGUAUUUUGAUCUUGGAAGCAUUUCUUUGAGGUUUUAAUUAUUGGGUAUCGAUUAUAUAUUCUUUAAUUGUUGUUUCUUGUCCAUUAAUCAAUGGUGGAGCUCCAAUCCUGUCCUAGUUUGAUCAAUGCCUCUGCAUUGUGUUCCAUAGAGCAAGAAUCGAAAGGUGAAGGUACUGUCAAUAUUGUCGCAAAGAUAUCAGCUGAGUUACAAAGGGAAAGAGAGAAAAAUGUUGAGCUUAUGAAGAGAAUCUCAGUACUUGAGGCUCAAAUACAGGAAAGAGAUAAAGACGUCUUUUUCUCUCAGGGCCAAGGUAAAUGUCUCAAUGCAACAGAAAGAAGCCACAAGAAGUUUAAAAGACCGAAGACAGGAGCUAUUCAUAAUGGAUUUGAAGAGAAAAAUGCCGUUAAUGGUGAACCACCAUUACAGUUCAAGCAUGGGUCUCAAUGUGAUCCACCAAAAGAUGCAAAUGUGGAAGACCGAUUAGUUAAUUGGAUGAGCAUGGAUGAGACUCAGUUUUUGCUCACUGACAGAUCGAAAGAUGAGGACUUAGCUGCAGAUUGUGAUGAUACGGAUGACAGUGAAGAAGAAGAAGACUGUGAAGAAGUUGAUACACAAGUUGAUCACAAAAAUGGAGAAACGUAUGACACUUCUAAUCAACUGGAUGUAUCGUGUUUGGGAAGUUAUUUUGUUGGAAAUUGUGAUCUAACGUUUCCAGAUGUAAACCAAGAAACAAAUGCUGGUACGCAGAAAUAUUUGAUACUACCUACUGAACAAACUAAGAACAAUAGGUAUUUACAAAAACUGGAUGAGAAAGAAACUGAAACUAUUGGAAGUCAAAAGACACCAGCUGAUGAUCCUGUCUUCAAGAAGGAAGCGUUUAAUACGGGACAUAGAAGCAUUUCGCCAAUUAGAAAGCCACCAAAGAUGGCUUUUUGUCCGAAGGAAGUGAGAAGGAUACUACAGUCAGAAGCUCUCCAACUGAAAAAUGCCCAGUCUCACACCAUUAGAAAGAUCAUAGUUUUUUCCUCUCUCGGCAUAAGGCAUGGCUCUGAUGAUAUAUAUGAAUUAGAUUUCAAUCAUUUCAGCAUUCUGAGGAAAGGGGAACUGUAUGUGUCGCCAAAAGAUCCAGGGGAGCAUGUACUCUAUGAAAAUCCAGGCGUCCGGAGGAAAAUAUUUUUUCCAAACCAUCAGAACCCAACGUUGUGUCCUGUUCAGAUACUUGAAGAGGAGAAGGCUAUGCGUCCAUCUGAUCCUAGCUGCCCAUCAUGUUUAUUUCUGUGCAUUAAGUAUGGUGGAAGAACAAGAAAUCUUCCCCAAAAUGAGUAAGUACAGUAUCACCGUUUGCUCAGUUCCUAUUGCAAUAUAUCUGUUUUUGAUUCUAUUGUUUUCAUCUGACUGAAAAUGUUU